GUCCUUUUGCUUGGCUUGCUGGCUUUAAUUCUCACAAUCAUAUUUAUACUCAAACUCCAUUGCAGUGAUAAAGUUACUGAGAGCUGUAGAAAUCGCUGCUUGUCCAAAAGUCGCGACUCUAAUGCAGUGUGCCACUGUGACACUGCGUGUGUAAAUGAAGGCACCUGCUGUCUGGACUACAAGGAAGUGUGUGUGGAACCAAGUCAGCGCUGGACGUGUUCUAAAUUCCGCUGCGGUGAGGAGCGUUUGCUCAACAGCCUCUGCUCCUGUUCUGAAGACUGUGUGAAAGUGGGUGACUGCUGCUCAAACUACAAGAGCAUAUGUGAAGGUGAAAAACCUUGGAUUGAAGAGGAUUGCGAGGACAUCAGGACUCCUCAAUGUCCUUCUGGGUUUUCUAAACCGCCACUACUUCUGGUGUCUCUGGAUGGAUUCAGGGCAGGAUACAUGAAAGCGUACAGCAGCCAGCUUCCUGUCAUCAGCAAACUCAGGAAAUGUGGGACCUCUACACCAUAUAUGCGACCUGCUUAUCCCACCAAAACCUUCCCAAAUCAUUACACCAUAGUGACAGGUCUAUAUCCAGAAUCCCAUGGAAUUGUGGACAAUAAGAUGUAUGAUGUCACUCGCAAUGCCUCUUUCAGUUUGAGAGCUGAUGAGAAAUUCAACCCUGCAUGGUACCAGGGUGAACCAGUUUGGCUCACAGCCAUGAGAAACAAACUAAAAACAGCUACUUUCUUCUGGCCUGGAUCUGAUGUGAAAGUCAAUGGACGAUACCCAGAUUUCUGGGUGAAGUAUGACAGGAACAUUCCCUUUGAAAAGAGGGUGGCAAAAAUCUUUGAAUGGUUGAACUUACCUAAAGGAGAAAGGCCAGAAUUUUACACCUUAUACUUUGAAGAGCCUGAUGUCGCGGGUCAUCGAUAUGGACCAAUGAGUAGCCAGCACUGUGGUAUAUGGCUCAUUUUGAAUGUUUCUGUCCUGAUUUGUGUCUCUAAACAUGCAGGGAUGGAAGAAGCGUCAUGUAAGAAAGCUGCAUACGUCUCAGAUUAUCUGGAUAACAUCGAUGACAUUACUGUCAUCCAGGGUCCUGCAGCGAGAGUCCAGCCCAAACGUUUGCCUGAUGAAUUCUUCUCCUUUGAUUAUGAAGGAUUGGUGAAGAAUCUUUCGUGCAGAGAACCUGAUCAGCCGAUGAGGCCAUAUCUGAAGGAGCAUCUGCCCAAACGGCUUCACUUUGCCAAUAACAUCCGUAUAGAGAGCGCACAUCUCUACAUGCAGCCCGGCUGGCAAGCAGCACUCAAACCAAGUGAAAUGAAAUACUGCAGUGGCGGCUUCCAUGGUUCAGAUAACGUCUUCAAGAACAUGCAGGCCAUUUUUAUUGGAUAUGGACCAGGUAUCAAUUCUAAGACGACUGUGCCUCCCUUUGAGAACAUUGAAGUCUACAACCUCCUAUGUGAUUUGCUGGGUAUUCCUCCUGCCCCAAAUAACGGCACCCAUGGCAGUUUAAACCAUCUGCUGAAGAACUCACCCCACCAGCCGGUGUACCCAGCAGAGCGCUCGGCUCCAUCGACAUGCACCCCUUUUAACGGCUCCUUACGAGACCCCCGCGGCUGCACCUGUGACUCCCUCACUGAGGCUGAGGUUAACAGUCUAAACCAGCGUCUCAUCGACUCAAACUCAAACUCUAAUGUGAAGCCUGUUCAUCUGCCGUAUGGAAUCCCGCGUGUUCUUCAGGAGCAGUCAGAUCACUGUAUACUUCACCACAGUGCAUACGUCAGCGGAUACAGCAGAAACAUUCUGAUGCCCCUUUGGGUCUCAUAUUCUUUGAAUGCAACGGUGAGUGUCCAGCCCUCAGAAGACACAUGUGUGCGUGCAGAUGUGCGUGUGCAGGCCAGUGCGAGACAGUCCUGCUCUUUCUAUAAGAGCAAUUCCACUCUGACCUUUGGCCUCCUGCAUCCACCCAACUUCAGUCCUACAGGAACUGAGCCGGACUCCUUAAUUACAAGCAACAUGGUGCCCAUGUUUCCUGCUUUCAAAGAUAUUUGGAAUCGCUUUCACAAAGUUCUGCUGGUGAGGUAUUCACAAGAGCUGAAUGGAGUCAAUGUUGUGAGUGGACCAAUAUUUGACAACGACUUUGAUGGGAACUAUGACCUUAUGAACAAGGGAACCCCGAACGAGGCUCCCAUCCCUACACAUUUCUUUGUGAUUCUUACAAGUUGUAAGAACUCAUCCCUUCCCGUCCAACAGUGUGACGGUCCUCUAGAUGCUGUGUCUUUCGUUCUUCCUCACCGGCCUGAUCGUCUGGAAACAUGUCAUAAUGGCUCAGACUACUCUUGGCUCCAGGACUGGGUUCAGCUUCACGUGGCACGAAUCAGAGACAUUGAGCUUCUGACGGGCUUGAGUUUUUACCAUGACCGGAUAUCUGUUACUGAAAUGUUACAACUCAAGACCACACUCAAAACUUUCUAGAAACAUUUGUGAUCUUAGAUCUAAUUUCACUGUGUCUGCAGGCCACAAACGACACGUUCAGAAUGGAAUGGAUCUCUUCACCAUUGAAACGCAGCUGAGCUUUACCAGACUCUGAAACAAAGACGCAAGUUCGUCCAGAGUCUUUUAGAGUCUUUGAACGCCUAAAAUGGGGAAAUACAAUGUUUUAUUAUCUCUGCUUUUAAUGAAAUCUUUAUUCACAGAGGCGAGCUAUUUAUAACUGGGGAAGUAUCAACUGUAUCAGAAACUGGCCCAGCAAUCCUUGAAUAAAUAAAAUUCAGUUUUUCC